UCCAGUUCUUAAGGAUUUUACGCACCCAGACCAAUAUAAUUUUGGUGUGAACCAAGGAUCAAGUAGCUUCCAUGAGUUACACCCCCAGUUCGCGGGUUAUACACGUGGCAAAUUACAUGAACUAGUCAUGAAAUAUUUCAAGAGCAGGGAACUUACUUUAGCUAUAAAUGAGGUCUUGGAUCCAUGGAUUUCAGCAAAGCAACCAAAAAAAGAGUUUGAAGCAUACUUUUCUCACAAUUCAGCAUCUAGGAAUUUCCUGCCAGAAGAUGGUGGGUCUGCAAAAAGGGCAAGAUUGCUACCUGACCAGAGUGACGAAAAUAUUCAUUUGUCACAAGACAUUAUUGCUAGUCGGAAGGAGGACAUCUGUUUUGAAGAGUUAUGUGAUGGAGCAUCGUCUGUUGAUAAUGAUUCUGUGAAUCCCAGAGCAGGAAAUGCAAGCUGGGGUCUACUAAAUGACCAUCUGUUAGCAAGAAUCUUUCAUUUUAUGAGGGCAGAUUUGAAAUCACUUAUUUCUUCUGCAGCUACCUGUAAGAGCUGGAAUGCUGCUGCGAAGUAUUACAGAAACAUGUGUAGAUUCAUUGAUCUGUCUUCUGUUGGUCCUCUUUGCACUGAUUCGGUGUUUUGUGAUAUUAUGAUGCAGUAUCGAUCUGUAUUUUGGGGUACUGGUUGA